AUGGUGAUCAACUUAAGUACUAGACAAGAUGUCCAGUCACAGAUAUCAUCUGUGAGUUUAGCAGAAUCACAUGCCUUUUCCUUGCAAGUAUUCCAGGACAACUCAGGUUUUGCAUCUUCAAGCCAUAUUGAUUUUGAUGGAAGCAGCUUGCUGCAGAAUAAUUCUUCAUGGCUGCAAGUAGCUCCAAAGCCUGCACGUAGGCGUACCUAUACCAAGACGCAAAAGGCAGGUUCUGUAGGAAGUUCAAUUGAUGUCACCACUUUCAAGAACUAUGAACGAACUGAUCCAUGCAAUUGAGUGCAUGUUUGGACUGACUGGUCUGCUGAACGAUACAAGUGGUUCAGGAUGGAAAUUGGUAUAUGUGGAUUAUGAGAAUGAUGUUCUGCUUGUGCGGGAUGAUCCUUGGGAAAUUUAGUUUUAACAAUUUCAGAGCUUAGUUAACAUCUUGUGUACGAGUCAGUGUGAAGUAUCCUUCACCCUUUCUGGCAUACGGUUCAGCAGAUGAAUGAAGAGGGUAUGGAGCUUCUAAACAGUGGUGUGUUGCAAGGUGUCAAUGGUGAAGGUUGCUGUAUUUGAGAUUAUUAAUAAACCUCUUUUUGUAAGGCUUUUGUUGUGGGAAAUGUAGUUUAUUCCGUUGUCAUUGAAUUGGCUUGUAUAACGUACGAGUUUGAAAACAUGACAUUGUAAGAUGUUCCCACAAAUACUUGUGUGUUUGUAUAUAAGUUCAAGUUGUCAAAAAAUAUAUUCCCUUCAAUGACAA